ACAGCGCAGCAAUUUUCCACACCACUCAACUACAGCCGUCGAUAUGAAUGGCUCCCGAAACCAGACAGCGCCCACGGUCAAAGGGAAAAUGGACACGGAUAUCGGCUCUUCUGCUAAUCCAAGAGAUCGGAAAUCGGGUGGAGGAAUGCUAAAGAAGCUCAAAUCGCGACUCAGUCAGAACGAUAAAUGGCCUGUCGUGACAGAGGUUGAGCUCAGGGCGCUCGGAAGAGAGAUUUCACCGGACCACGUCUUGGGUCUCCGCGCCGUUACUGAGGAUUAUCUUUGCAUACCCGAAGACAAUGUCUACAACGUCGACUUCACUCGUUUCAAAAUCAGAGAUCUAGAGACCGGGACGGUGCUGUUUGAGAUUGCCAAACCUCCAAACUGCAGAGGUCCUGUAGAGCACACGGAGGAAAGUGAAGAUGUGGACUCCAGUGCUGGACGUUUUGUUCGGUAUCAGUUUACACCGGCCUUCUUAAAACUGCGCACUGUGGGUGCAACUGUGGAGUUUACAGUGGGAGAUCAACCUAUUAACAGCUUCCGUAUGAUUGAGAGGCAUUAUUUUCAGGGGCGUCUUCUCAAGAACUUUGACUUUGACUUCGGCUUCUGCAUUCCCAACAGCCGCAACACUUGUGAGCACAUUUAUGAGUUUCCACAGCUCCCAGAGGACCUCAUUCGCCAAAUGGUGGCACACCCGUAUGAGACCAGAUCGGAUAGUUUCUACUUUGUGGAUAACAAAUUAAUCAUGCACAACAAGGCAGACUAUGCCUACAAUGGUGGUCAGUAAUGCUUGAAGAGAAGAAUGUGUGCAAUACUACACAGGGAUUGGAUUUCCCUGAAUCACAACCACCAAAAAAGCUUCUUUUUUGGGGACAAGGUGUUCUCUCCUUUCCAGACAUUUCUAAGAACCGGACAACAUUCUUUGGAAACAAUGGACCUUAACUGCCCUCACAAGAAAUCAAUCAUUUUUUUUCUCGAUACCUCAUCCUGCUCACUUUCCGGGAGUGAAUUUCCUGUCAAAUAUUCACAUGUGAUAUUGUUGACUUAAAAACUUCUUUUAUGUUAAAAGUAUGUUAUGUUACUGCUUGAUUGCUUUUGCCUUGAAUUCUUUGUCAUCUUUUCUUGGAAGAGACCAUUUUAGUCACUGGCUUCUCUUCAUAAACUCAAUGGAUUAUGCUGGUUAUGAGUUGCUUGAGUUUGUACAUUAGUGUAAAUUGCUGGCACAUGGAUGAUAAUCUGACAUUACCUUAUUCUGAAUGAUAAAUGCCUUUAUAAAACAGUGAUCAUUGAUUGGUGUAUUACAAUAUUGCCAGUCACAGAUGCUCAUGUAAUACAGCCAGUCAUCACUAACCUUUAAGUUUCAAUCUAUUUUUUUUUUGCCUAUUAGGUAAUAUUGAUUCCUGUAUGCAUUAGUAAUGUCACACAACAGACAUUUAUCUCGAUGGCUAGUUUAGUUAGGUACACUAUUAGGACCAUUGAGAGUGAGACCCCUUUUAUCUUAGCCAGUGUCCUACUCAAGGUGUCAGAAAUGUUUACCGAUAUUGGUUAUUUGCUUAAAUGUUUGUCUGCCUAAUACUUAUCCUUCGGCCUUAGCCACUUUCAUUAGUGAGCAAUAUCAAUGGGACUCCCAUUGAUGUUUAUCAUAUUAUCGACUACAACCUUUGCACAAUGCAUGAAAAGCACAGGAUGACAGCAGUUUGAGAUACUGGAUCGAGACAAGUGAUCAUACAAUGUUUUUAAAUUGCUACCUUGUUUACCUUUUCCACCCAACCUGAUGUUCACUUUCUCAAAAACAACAUCUCAUGAUGCUUGUCUGAUUUGUUUCUCAAGCCAUGACCCAGUGUGUCACUCACUGUGUGUGACACUCGGUUUUGUGAAUGAUGUAGUAUGGCUUAUAACACAUUUUGCCUGAGAGACAGUAGGUAGGAGCAAAAGUUUCCUGUCAAUUUUUCUGUUCAUGUCUGGUCUGUUAAGGCUCCCAGUUGCUCAUGUUGUAAUAUCUAGGCUUCUUGUUAACCUGCACUGUGACAUCAAUUCCCUGUGCCUUGUAAUCAAACUAUUCUUUUAUAUUCUAGAAUUUCUAUCUUAAUGGCUAGUGCUGCAGUAUGUCACAAUCAAUGAGCUGAGGAGCAAACAGUUCCUCGGUAUGCUCUGUUUUAUGACAUUAAUGGCGCUGCCUAGUUUGAAAUAAGGGUCUAACAGCCCACUACAAUACAUCUCAUAUAUUGUAUGACUUCACAAUAUCUGAUAAAACUGUAAUUUCACAGUUUGAAGGUUUCUCCCUAUUUUUUUCUCCCUGUUAAAGGUUUUUUUGUUUUGUUUUAUGGAGUUGUUCCUUAUUCGAUGCGAGGGUCUAAGGACAGGAUGUUGUGUUGCUAUAAAGCCCAGAAGCAAAUUUGUAAUUUUGUGAUAUUGGGCUAAUCAAAUAAAAUUGACUUGACUUGAAGGUAUUGAGAAGCCUCUUGAUAUCUGCUAACCAGCUUACAUAGUAGUGGGAUAUCUGGAUUUGACUUGUGUCCUGAACAGCUUUGGUAAUCGGUUCAUUACUUUAUACAUCAGACUUUGCUCAACAUUGACGUCAGUAGGUAUGUCCCACUCGAUGAGGUGGUUAACAGUGGUGGUGUAGUAGCACCUGAGGAGAUCUUUAUUUCUGUUCCUGUUAUUCACUAUCAGUCAGUGGUACUUGAGUUGACAAGUUAUUCUACAUAAUACAACAUACCCCACGGAAAGCAGUGGGUUUACACACUCGGUGGAAGGUAUACCUGUAAGUGGUUAGGCAGGCUUUGCUUGGGCUGAGUGAGGAAAAUAAUAGAAGGGUAAUAUACAUCCAUUCUGGUGCCUAUUGCAUGGACUCAAUUUUACUACCGUUUGCUGAAAGUAGUGUUCAUGAUGACAAUGUUAACAGACUAAACUUAAAUUUCAUAGGAUUACGUUCCCAAAUUUCCUCUAUUUGAAAUGUAACCGGGAAACGAUUUUUACACACUCGUUUUUUGUUUUCUUAUUUUACAUAAAAUUACAGUGACGGCAGAUUAGAUGUUUAAUUACAUAGCUCCUGUAUUUUUGACUUCCUCUGUCUGUACAUUGUGAGGAUUAUGAUAGGACUACUUAGAUUUUUUUGUUUUGUUUGAACUAUUUGUUUCAUAAUGCUUUGUGAAGAGUGAUGAAUAAAAGCACAA